CAAUUCUAACAAUAGGGACACACUGGUCUGUAUUUUGGUUUUUUGUUCGUGCAUUUUUCCAAAAAACGUGUAAAUAAAGGAAAAGAAAAGUAAACAAAUUAAAAUGCCAACGGAAAUAGAAAAUAUAAACCCCAAUGUCUAUGACAAGAUCAAGGAACGAGUGUUGACGGCCAACGAUGAGGACGAAAAUGUAUCUGAUCCCUUUGACAAGCGAGAGAUUUUCGAUCUCAUAAGGAAUAUCAAUGACCCGGAGCAUCCGUUGACCUUGGAGGAACUGCAUGUGGUGCAGGAGGACCUAAUCCGCAUAAGCGAUGGCCAGAAUUCCGUGCACAUCAGCUUCACCCCGACGAUUCCGCAUUGCUCGAUGGCCACUUUGAUUGGCCUGUCCAUUCGGGUGAAGUUGCUCCGUUCGCUGCCACCCCGCUUCAAGGUCACCGUGGAGAUUACACCCGGAACCCACGCCUCCGAGCAGGCGGUCAAUAAGCAACUGGCGGAUAAGGAAAGAGUGGCAGCCGCAUUGGAGAACAAGCACCUCGCCGAGGUGAUCAACCAGUGCAUCUCCGCCAGGGGCUAAUUGUUUAAUUUUAUCCUACUAAUGGACAUAUAUAUAACUAUGCUGUGGGUUUAGUAAUAAUAAUAAUGAUUUAAUAGAAGUUUACAUUAAUAAUGUUA